CCGUAUCCGUGCAAGCCCCGGGACAGGCCUUGUAUGGAGCCAGUGCCGUGUUUUUGUUUUUCGUACCACUCCAACAUAAUCGUUGUAUCAUAUACAAUCGUUGUAUUAUAUACGAUCGUUGUGUUCAAUAUAAUAGAGUAUCAUUACAAUCGUUGUCUCCAAUAUAAUCGUUGUGUCCAAUAUAAUCGUUGUGUUCAAUAUAAUCGUUGUUUUCAAUACAAUCGUUGUGGCCAAUAUAAUCGUUGUGUUCAAUAUAAUAGUUGUUUUCAAUACAAUCGUUGUGGCCAAUAUAAUCGUUGUGUUCAAUAUAAUCGUUGUGCUCAAUAUAAUAAUUGUUUUCAAUACAAUCGUUGUGCCAAUAUAAUAGUUGUGUCCAAUGUCGUAAUUGUUGUGUCCAAUGUCUUGCUCGAGGCAGAGAUAAUUAGUGUAGCUCUAUUCUAGGAAGGUGGUGCAUAUGCCCUUGGUCCCAGGCAGCUCAUUGUCCGUUCAGUGCCUAGUGCCUGAGCCCCGAGAGCAAACUGGAGCUUCAAACUGCCGCUGCCGCUAAUAAAGCCCCAUUACUUUCCGUUUUUGUCUC